AAAAAACGCAGGGUAAAUUUGUAUUUGUGUUGCCAAUUCCAAGACGAUAAAGAAAAACAGAAAAACCAAACCAAUUCACAGAGAAAUCGUUUUCUCCUGCAGUGAAACAGAACUACCGAUUCAUAAGGGAUGAGUACGGUCUGUCCGUUCGUGAAAGCGUCGCGUUCAGAUGACGCCGGGUCUCCUAGAAAAUCCGGUGACGGUGUUUACGAUGAACGGGAGCCGGAGGUGAAGAAAGAGGCUACCGUUGCUGCCAGGUGUCCGUACGGUUACGAUGCUCAGACAUUCAAGCUCGGUCCGCUCAGUUGCUUGAUUUGUCGGGCGCUUCUCUUCGAAACUACUAAAUGCGUGCCUUGUUCUCAUGUCUAUUGCAAAGCAUGUGUAUCGAGAUUCAAAGACUGUCCAUUGUGCGGGGCUGAUAUUGAAGGGACUGAAGUUGAUACUCAUCUUCAGAGUGUUGUUGAUCGCUUUAUCGAAGGCCAUGCUAGAAUCAAGAGGUCUCUUGUUGAUGCAGAAAAUGGGGAGGAAGCUGUUGAGGAGAACAAGAAAGUUAUAUAUGAGGAUGUUUCUAUGGAGAGAGGCGCUUUCUUAGUGCAACAAGCCAUGAGGGCAUUUCGUGCCCAGAAUCUGGGCAGUGCCAAAUCUAGACUCACUCUCUGUGCUGAGGACAUCAAAGGUCAGAUAGAAAGAAUGGGCAAUGUGUCAGAGUUGUGUUCACAGCUUGGAGCAGUUCUUGGCAUGCUGGGUGACUGCUGUCGUGCGAUGGGAGAUGCUGGUUCUGCAAUCACUUAUUUUGAUGAGAGUGUUGAAUUCCUUUCAAAAUUGCCAAUGGAUGACUUAGAGAUCACACAUACACUUUCAAUUUCUCUCAACAAAGUGGGUGAUCUGAAAUAUUAUGAGGAAGACCUGCAAGCUGCUAGAUCUUACUAUUUUCGUUCUUUGAAUGUUCGACGGGAGGCCAUGGAGCAUCAUCCGAAUGUUUCGUCGCAGUGUCUAGAUGUGGCCACUUCUCUGGCAAAAGUUGCAGAUGUUGACAGGAAUCUUUGUAAUGAGGAUUCGGCAAUUGAUGGAUUCCGAGAGGGAAUUAGGUUGUUGGAAGCGUUGAAGUUAAAACCUGAAGAAGCUGCUCUUGAAGAUCGGCGUCUUUCAGUGCUGGAAUUCCUUAACAAUCAACUUGCAGGAGGACAACCUGAUUCAUCUCAUCAUUGACAAGUCACCUUUUAUAGUGUUCUUCAACUUUGCUUUGUAUAUAUACCUGAUCUCAUCUUUCUCCCUUGAUAAGCUCACGAGGAUGACCUUUUUUUUUGCCCAUUUCUUACGGAGUGGAUGAUAGUUAUUGGUGCCAACCAGUAGGUCAAAAGCAGACGGUCUUGAUUACAUAUAAUAAAGAGCAUACAUCAGAAUAUGAUUUUCAGUGACCAUGGCAGGCAGCCCCCCUGCACCCAAGGGAUGAUUGUUUGAAGGUUAUAUCUGGAUGAUUUGAGUGUCAUGUUUUUGCAUAAAAUCAUGGGACUUGUGUUAUCAGUUCUUAUGCUGUGAGGCUUGAAGUAGUAAGACACCCUUCUUAUAUGUGGUUUUGAAUUAUGGUUCAUUACCAUUGAAGUGCCAGUAUUGCUACUUGUAUAAGACACCCUCCUUGUGUAUA